AUGUCUUCUCUCAUGCAUUACUCUAUGGUGACUGACUUUGAUCGAUUUGAAGGGGCCCCAUCUCGAAUCCUUGACUUUUGCGAUCUGGUCGGCGAAAAGAUUCAGCUACCAGAUUAUAUGAAUCAAUACGCCAGAUUACAUCGGCGAAAUCUUGUAGACGGUGGUGCCAGUUACACCGAUUAUGGCACCUUUUUUCCCGAUUAUAGCACUGCCGACAGUGAUUCCAAUUAUUAUUCCGACUAUACCACUACUGCCACUACCGCCCUUGGUCUGUCUUAUACAACAAUAACGCUAACAUCGACUACUUCGAGAACACCGCCUGUGACUACUGCGACAGGCUCAGCUUCUUCUAGUCUUUCGGUAUCCUCUGAUCUUUCGACCUCCUCUGGUCUUCCAAAUUCCUCUGGUCUUCCGAAUUCCUCAGGUCUUUCGACUGGAGCAAAGGCUGCCAUUGGAGUGGCAGUUCCAAUUGCUGUGAUACUAUUUGGGCUGUUUCUUUUUUGGUUCUUGCGCAAGCAAAGGACUAACGGAAGCAAUGCUACCUCUAGAGCCGGCCAUAGCAGUGAUGUUCCUGAACUGCGUGAACAAAUCCAGCCAAAAGAACCAGUGCCAAUGUCAAGAUAUCUCCUUGCGGAAGCUGAUAGCAACCCUGUUCAUGAGUCGGACAGCAAUUCUGUAUUCGCAACAAAACGCCUGGCUGCUGGGACUCAGGGUCCUGCUGUUUACGAAUUGAGUGAUGACUACGCCGGUAAAGAUCAUCCUAUACCGACAAAUUCAUCUACGGACAGACAAAUUAUUUUGCCAGAAAAGCAGACUGACUCAUGCGUUGGUCAAGGAACAGCUCGGGAGGCAGUCAAAUUGGCAGCCUCAACACCUAUCUCUGAACCGAAUGAUCGCUUAAAUUUGAAUGCUUCCAUCGGUGCUCUAGUCGAUAAUGAUGCACAUGCAUGGUCGCAGAAGCCCAAAGAAAACUAUCAGAAAGAUACUGCGCCGCCGCCGCCUACAGAUUUGGAACACACUGAUGCGCCUUUAUCACAGCUUGAGGCAGAAAUGGCACUUAUUGCGGAAGAAAGAGAGCGCUUGCAGCAAUUGAUGUCUCUGGCAGAGAGAGAGGCGGAUCUCAGACGACAAAUUAAGGCACGCAAGUCUGAAAUGUAG